AUGCUUUCAUCAUCACCAAAUUUGGAUAAUGGGAAUGAUAACUCGAAUUCAACACAAGGCAAAAGACAAGUUUUAUCUACAGCAGAACUAGAAGGUGCUGCCAAACUGUCCGAAAGAUUUGUAUAUGGAAAUCAUACCAAAUCAAAUUGGCAAGAUCCUCAAGAAUAUGCUACUUCUGGAUAUUCUAGAAAAGAUGAUUCCCAUCCUGAUAUGAUUUUCCUGGAGCAUUUAUCAAAUGACCUUGCCCAGCUACUCCAUCGACGAGAUAUUAGCGAUUGCUGCCUAAAAGUUCAGGAUAUUUAUAUGUCGGUUCAUCGAUGUAUUCUCGGUGCUCGUUCCAAUGUAUUUGCCAAUGUUAUUUCUAACAAUAUGAAUCGGCUUAAUGGUGACCAAAGAAAACAACUUGAAAUAAAUGAACAAAACGGUCAACUGAUUAUCACGAUCAACAAGACGGACAAGGACACAAUGAGACAAGUCGUUUUAUUCAUGUAUACGGCAAAAUGUGAUAUAAAUAAACAUAACGCACUUGAGCUUCUCAAUGCUGCUGGUCGAUAUGAUAUAAAAAGCCUAAAAGUAUAUAGCGGUUCAUUUAUAGCAGAGUAUAUUGAAUUAAGCAACGUCUUGACUUUAUUGAAAUCUGCGUAUGAUUACGAUAAUGCAUUUGUUCGACAAAAAUGUAUUGAAUUUUUUAUUGAUAAUGCAAAGGAAGUAAUGGCCAUGAAGGAACCAUGGGAAAUGUUUGCUGCGGAUCGACCAAAUAUUAUUGCCGAACUUCUGUAUUGGAAUGUUAACAAAGCUGAAUUCCACGAAAAAAAAUUUCAGUAG